UCCAGUUCCGUUUCCGGGUUAGCUCACAAGUUCGCGCUUGCUGAUGAAAUAGUUAAAUUGUAAAUCUUUUCAACUGAAACGUAUAUUUUAAUGUAUGAACUUAGAAUUAAAACAUAAAAAUAAGUACAUCUCAAGUUUUGGAUAUAAGAUCUAAAUUCAUAAGAGCAUAGGAUGCCGUCUCUCAGCUGUCGAUUCUACCAGCACAGGUUUCCAGAAGUGGAAGAUGUGGUGAUGGUCAACGUACGCUCUAUCGCAGAGAUGGGCGCCUAUGUCAGCCUACUCGAGUACAACAACAUAGAAGGCAUGAUCCUUCUUAGUGAGUUGUCUCGCAGACGUAUACGCUCCAUCAAUAAACUAAUCCGGAUCGGACGCAAUGAGUGUGUGGUUGUCAUCCGAGUGGAUAAGGAGAAGGGCUACAUUGAUCUGUCCAAGAGAAGAGUUUCACCUGAAGAAGCAAUCAAGUGUGAAGACAAAUUCACCAAAUCCAAAACAGUGUACAGUAUAUUAAGGCAUGUGGCUGAGGUUCUGGAGUACACCAAAGAUGAGCAACUGGAGAGCCUGUUCACACGCACCGCCUGGGUGUUUGAUGAGAAGUACAAGCGACCUGGUUACGGAGCCUACGAUGUCUUCAAACAGGCUGUGGCGGACCCAGCCAUUUUGGAUUGUCUGGACUUGACAGAGGAGGAGAAGGCUGUCCUCAUUGACAACAUUAACAGAAGACUCACCCCACAGGCUGUCAAAAUCAGGGCAGACAUUGAGGUGGCCUGCUAUGGCUAUGAGGGGAUUGAUGCCGUUAAAGAAGCCCUGAGGGCAGGGCUGAAGUGUUCCACAGAGGCCAUGCCCAUCAAGAUUAAUCUGAUAGCCCCUCCACGCUACGUCAUGACCACCACCACACUGGAGCGCACCGAAGGUCUCUCUGUUCUCAACCAGGCCAUGGCAGUCAUCAAAGAGAAGAUCGAGGAGAAGAGAGGAGUCUUCAAUGUCCAAAUGGAGGCAAAGGUUGUGACUGACACUGAUGAGACAGAGUUGGCCCGCCAGCUGGAGCGACUGGAGAGGGAGAACGCUGAGGUGGACGGAGACGAUGAGGAUGGAGAGAUGGAGGCCAAAGCAGAGGACUAAACAAGAAGAACACAGGGAUUGGAUA